AUGUACGAGCAUCUAAACGACGCGUCGCAGGCCUCUACACGGCAGGUGGGUGGUUACAUUACACUUCUUCAGUGCUGGAUAUACGAGCACUUUCCUGCAGUGCAUACAUGCGUUGUUCAUGAUGUUUAUGAUGAGGGGAGCCCACGGGCCUGCAGGUGGCUUACGGGUAAGGCUCAUAUGACGGGGAUCAAGGGAGCCCCGUAUCGGAGACAUAUGGAUGCCCUGACUGUGACUGACGUGUGCUGGAUGCCCUAUGUUGAGCACCGGGGAGUCAGGGGCUUUGACUUGAUAUCGUCGUACACCGGCCAGCUCAGAUGGGGAGAGCUCUGUGUAGUUCCUGGGCAGGUGGCGCCAGACUACAUGGAGUGGUUUUUUUGGAUUUCGUACCCGUUCGUCACGCGGACCGAGGAAACUGCUGAGCCGAGACAUCCACCUCCCCCUCAUGAUGAGGAGUUCGUCGAGCCACCCAUCCCCGAGGUUUCAAUCGCGUCCGAUCUCGCUACGCAUUCAGUGGUUGACUGCGAAGGAUGUCAAGGGAUGGCUGAGGAUUUAGGAGCGAUUGCUGAGGAUUUGGAGCGGGUCAUCAACCUCAGGAUGGUCACUGAAGGCACUGACUUAUAUGACAUCAUGACUCGUUGUCUGAGGAGAGCUAGAGGUGACGCCACAGAUGGAAGUCUUAGGCCGCGACAGAGACGCCGCAUAGAUUAG